AUGACUUCAACACCAUCUAACGAAACACCCACAACCUCAGAGGGAUGGAGGAAGCUCGGCAAUGAACAGCUCGAACGUGGUGCUAUACAGGAGGCUGCUGAGAGCUAUUCUAAUGCUAUUGAACUCAAACCUGAGGAUAGCAUAGCUUGGUCAAACCGUUCGGCAGCUUAUGCUCUGGCUGAUAAGUACGAGGAGGCCUUAUCGGAUGCACAGCAGUGCGUUAAGCUGAGCCCUCAGUGGGCCAAGGCACACUUUCGAGUAGCGAAGGCUUUGGAGGGACUUCACAGGUUCCAAGACGCUGUCGCAGAGAUUGAGGCAUGUGAAGGGUCUUGUGAGGAUCCUGAGGGGCUCUUGACAGAGGCCUUGGCAUCUUGUCGAGACAAUUUGAAGAGGCAGCUUCUCUUAGGAAGGUGGAAGGGUAAAGUAACAGAAAAACUUGGUGGAUAUCAGCAGAUAAUGGAGUUUUACGAUAGUGGUGAUAUGCGUAUUGCUGUGAUGGGUAAGGCUCAAGAUGCUGCCUAUAAGCUUGACACACUGGCUGACCCCAUGGUACUUCAUAUUGACUUAGCGCCUGAUCAUCCAAUGAGGAAGGAUGACAACUCUAAUGCAGUCUCUUAUAUCGUGCGGUUCCCUGAUGAGGAUACAUUGGACAUGUGCUGUCCAUAUCUAACAAGUGAUCUCCCUAAGUCCUUCACUGGUCCUGGCUUUGUAAGGAUGGAUCGGAUUAAUAAGGGUGAGAAGCUUGACAAGAAGGAUGAUCAAUGGAUCGAGGCUCCUGAGUUGGAUGAACUCAAAGGCUUGUCUGAUCGAGAUAUAAUGCUGAAGUAUGUUCGAGAGUUUUGUGAGAUUCUGAAGACUGCUGCUAAGGAAGGAGACGAUGAAUUUCAGAUCCCUGAGGCGAAGGAUGAGAAAACACAGGAAUCCAAUAAGGAGAUGUUGAAGAUGCUCGCCAUCAACGUGAAGGUGAACGCCUUAGAGCAGAAGUAUGGUACUGAAGUAACCCAAGCGGGGUUCUUAUUAGCAGCUCAACAAGAGGAGAAGAGAUUAGAGGAUCGAGAGAUGGAUCGAGCUGUUAUGGAGUUGAGACUUAGAAUGCUGCAAACGGGUAUAAUCAACGAGGACUACCUUAAGGAGGCUAGAGAGACCCUUAAUAACCCCGACUUGGUCACCCCACCACAGGUCGAUGAGGCGGCCCCGACGGUCGUCGACACCAAGGCUUCUCCAUCGACGGCUCGGGCUCGAUUACAGAGGAAGUUGGACGAACGAAAAGCCAAUAGUGUCGGUAGUAAGGAGGUUGAGGAGAAGAGCUCAGUAGAGGGUAGUGCUGGAGGGAAGAACAAGAGGAAGAGACAUAAUAGGCAUGGCAAGAAGAAGUCUACGACGCCACCGGCGGUAGAGGCUACUACUACACCAACAGCACCAGCAGUAGAGGCAACUACUACACCAACACCAGCAGCAGUAGAGGCUACUACUACACCAACACCAGCAGCAGUAGAGGCAACUACUACACCAACACCAGCAGCAGUAGGGGCUACUACUACACCAACACCAGCAGCAGUAGAGGCUACUACUACACCAACACCAGCAGCAGUAGAGGCUACUACUACACCAACACCAGCAGCAGUAGGGGCUACUACUACACCAACACCAGCAGCAGUAGAGGCAACUACUACACCAACAGCACCGGCGGUAGAGGCUACUACUACACCAACAACACCAGCAGUAGAGGCCACUACUACACCAACACCAGCAGCAGUAGAGGCAACUACUACACCAACAGCACCAGCAGUAGAGGCUACUACUACACCAACAGCAGCAGCAGUAGAGGCCACUACUACACCAACUGCAGCAGUAGAGGCUACUACUACACCAACACCAGCAGUAGAGGCUACUACUACACCAACAGCAGCAGCAGCAGAGGCCACUACUACACCAACUGCAGCAGUAGAGGCUACUACUACACCAACACCAGCAGUAGAGGCUACUACUACACCAACGCCAGCAGCAGUAGAGGCCACUACUACACCAACGACACCAGCAGCAGUAGAGGCCACUACUACACCAACAGCACCAGCAGCAACAGUAGAGGCCUCUAAAACACCAAUAGUAGAAGGCGAUGAGGUGGAGUCAGAAGGAGAUGUAAUUGUUGGGAAGCCAUCUUCGUCCCCUUCGACGGUUGAUGAUGUUAUCAUUGAGGUUGCUGCUGAAUUGGGUGAGCAGACUGGUAGCGGCGGCGGACUCCAACGUGUACAGGAAGAGAAGUUUGAUGGUAUUCAAAAGAAGGUGUACUGUCGUCAAGAUGAGGUCACACAAGAAGUGGAGACCCCAUCUACUGAAGAGACCAAGAUGGUAGAGGUUGCGGAAAUUGAAGUAACUCCACGUGGUACGGAGGAGGUAGACAUACCAAAGCUAGACGAGGCACUUGAGGAGGAGAAGGAGAUGGCUUUGGACCAGCAACCUACUCGGGAAGAAGGUACUCAAUUUACGGAAUGGUCCCCAGACAUUCUGUGGAGGACUUCGAAUCCCGUCGACUUAGUAACGGUGUUCCUGUUACCCCCACUAUGA